AAUUGUUGAAGAUUUUCAUUGUUGUUCAGUAGUUAUUUUGAAAUAAAAUGAAAAUAAAGUUAUUAAUUAUCUUGUGGAUGUUCUUUGGCGUGAACUGUUGGAGACCGUUUGGUGUCCAACGACGAUGUGAAAUGGCUGGUCGUCUUGCGAACAGUAAUUAUGUAGAGACAGGAAAUAUCAGAGUGUAUACGUGUAAAGAUCACCAUGUGAGCAAUAUUCCAGGACUGUCUAAAAUUCAGUUUCGAUGCAGGUUUGAAAGGAAGCUUGGUGCGUUUGUUUGGAAAGCAACGGCCUCGAAGUUUGAGCCAACUGGCAGCAUUAAUCUACAAGCCGUCACAUGUGAAUUGAAGAAGGAGUGCAUGAACCCUCCUGUCCCCGACAACAUGGAAAGGGAGCAAACUAUUAAGUACCAGGCUGCGGUUUCCCAUAAAGGGAUACCAGAGGCACUUGACACUUUCUACAGUGGCGAUACUCUCAAGUACAGGUGUAAACAUGGAUAUAGCUUGCCAAAUGAAGCUGAUUUACUCACUCUCGAAGACUAUGGAGGUUAUGACUACAACUAUAACUACGGAUGGUAUGGCUACAAUUAUGAUUCAUAUGGAACAACAGAAACGAGUACAAGACAAUCUGUAUCUGAGGAGAUAACAUGCGACUUGAACGGACGUUGGAAUAACUUAGAGGUCGAAGAGUUGUAUUUCGGGGAGUGCAAAGAAAUUCAUUGCGAUGCCACACGGUUUAAUAACAUAAGAAAUGGCAAUAUAACAGAUUAUAAGGAAUCGUAUGGAUUUCUGGAAGAAAUGAAGCUGAUUUGUGAUGAGGGAUAUCGUUCAAAAGAUGGAAUGCAUUCGGUCGUAUGUACCUCGCCGUCAAGUUUUAAUAAGAUUUUGUUACCGCAGUUUGGAUGCGAACCGAUAAAGUGUAUGGAACCAUCCAAUCCCAGAAAUGGUCGACUUCGUUUGGGCGGGGUGUUUGUAGGUGAUACUGCUACAUAUGAGUGUGAAACAGGCUUUAGAUUGAUAGGGAAUGAAAACUGGACAUGUCAGCCUAAUGGUAAAUGGGACCACGAUUGUGUAAUAUGUGCAGGCGAUAUAUUUUCAGGUUCAUACUGUACGCCCACAUGUGUCCCUCUCGGUGCACACUUAACGUCGAUAGAGGACACAGGCAAACAAGGCGCGGUUCUAGAGUUCACUUGCAAGUCUGGGCAUUAUUUUGGAAAAUCUGAAACCAGGACCUGUAUGGAAAAUAGGCAGUGGAGUGGAUCGCCAAUUGAUUGCGCAGGGGCAUCACUAUUUGAUCCUAAUGUCGGAUUUGAACUGCUAUCCGCAUUAAAGCAAAUUCCAUAUAAAGACAAGGCACACGACCUCCGUAAGACAGGUGUAGUCCAAUCAAAGACUAUAAACGUUGGCGCAAACGACGGCAUUGAUGUGUACUUGCUGGUUGACAUAUCCAGAAGCAUAACAGAGGAAAAAUUCAACGCAACAAAUCAAUUCCUGUCUGCUUUACUCCCAGAGCUUGGUUUAAAUAGUGCAGAGUCUGGCACACGCCUUGCGCUAGUUUACUUCGCUGAACAUGCGUUUACAGUAUUCAACCAGCACACUUUAGGCAGGGAUCGUCUUUUUAGGUCGUAUGAAGAAGCCGUUGAAAAAAUCAGGGAAACACAGUUAUCGAUUUGGGAUAUCAAGAAGAAAACAAAAUGUGGAACUGCAAUAACUACUGCCCUUGAGAGCAUCGUCAAUGAUGUUGAAACUAAGACGGUGAUGUUUCAGAUGGGGGUGCCAAAUGUACGAAAAGCACAACAAGUGCUUAUAAUACUCAGUGAUGGCACAUUCACUACUAUGGGUGACCCUUCUGGUACAGCGGAUCAUUUGAAAAUGUUUUAUGAGGUUGAAAUUUAUUCUAUUGCUAUUGGAUCUCCAGAAUUAAACAAAUACGGAUUUGAAGUGAUGGAAAAUCUUGCGAGCAAUAUUGAAAACGAGAGCCACUACUUUGAAAUUAAUGGUUACGACUCAGAUUUGGCGGCAGUAACUUACCAGAUGAUUAAUCCAAGUAGGCAAACCUCAAUAAAAAUGUUUCGAAUUUCUUUACUUGUGCAAAGAAUCUGUUCGCAUCUUUCAAAAAGAGAGAUAAUCUGUAUUUUGUUUAUUGUUGUAUUUCAGAUAUGAGAUCAAACUUAAAUCGAUAAAUAUAUAUAUGAAAAGUU